AUGUCACAACAACAACAAACAAAUGAAACGAUAUUGUUAGAAUGUUUGAAUGGUUUACUGUCACCGGAUCUACACAAGUUGGCAGAACAAAAGUUGACAGAGUUGUCAACUACGAUGCCAUUCUAUGGGUUGAUGUUGUGUCAGUUGGCAACCAAUAACAAUGCCAACAUCGAUAUCAGACAGCUAUCUUUGAUCGUCUUGAAAAAGUUUAUCAAAGAACAUUGGCAUGAAAUGAAUUCGCCACAAGAGAAAGAACAAAUCAAAUCAUUGUUGACGCCAUCUAUAUCCGAUCCAUCCUCAAAGAUAAGAACUGCAAUUGCGAUCUACGAGAAGACAUUGACCGACCUCGAUGUUGAAUCGGCGGUAUUCGAAAGCGUUGUUAUUUCACUGAUUGAAUUCCUCACGUUGAUCGUAUCAAAGAAGAACAAAGCAAUGUUCCAAGCACAACUACCACAGAUCAUAAGCAUCACUCUGACAUUCCUUCAGAUGUCGGACGAUAGCGCCGACCUCUACCAAUCCGAUCCCUCACAAUUCCUCGAGCAAGACGAUGAAACUUCUUAUACUCCACGUUCACUUGCAUCGGGGCUGUUGGCAUCGCUUGGCGAUGUCUAUAAGGGCGAUGUCUUGGGAUUGGUUUAUCAGGCGUUGCAGUCGUUCAGUUCGAGCUGGCGACAGAGCGAAGCAUCGUUGCUCGCCAUGUCGGUCCUUUCUUCUCACUACAUCAACGCUGGCAACAAAAAGUAUUUCGAUUUUGCACAGUUCCUCGAGCGUCUCUACAGCUUCUUCAGCGACGCCAACUCGACUGGCGAACAUUCCGAUAUUCUCCAGGGACGUGCACUCCACUGUGCGUGUCUCUACAGCUCCGGUGUCGACAAGUCGAUAUCGCUGCCGUUCCUCAAACUCUCUGUCAAUAUUCUUCAUCAGGCAAACCAACCAUUGCCAAACAAAAUCGCCGCUAUGAAAGCGGUGGCAGCAUUCAAUCUCUCCAGUCACUUGGAAUUCAUACCCACCAUCAUUCAGGCAUCUGUAAAUCUACUGCUAAAAGUCACUGAAGAUUGUUUGUUGGUAGUAUUGGACGCUAUUCUUUUGGCACUUCGCGCCGAUACUUCGGUGGAUCACGCCAACUAUGAACCAAUCAUCGUUCCACCAUUGCUUCAGACAUGGACACAGUAUGCCAACGACCCAAUGGCAUGCGAAGCAAUGAACGACAUCUUCCAGAUUCUUUGUAAAUCGCAAGGCUGUUAUCCAGCGAUUAUCGAUCAUGUUCUACCAACACUUUGUUUGGUGAUUGAGAAUUUCGACAAGCCUGCAUACCUUGGUGUUGCUGAUCGCGCAGUAUCACUUUUGAAUCUGAUUCUCUCCAAUUGCAAAUCCAACUUUGAUGCACCAAUCUUUGAUAAAAUAUUGGCACCGCUCAUCAAUAUUCUACUUUCCAACGUGAACACUGCGGAACCAGUCGAAAAGAAUCUUAUCACUGCAACUCUUACCAUUCUACCGAUAUUUAUUGUCAGAGGUCACCAACAACUUGGACAAUGGACAUACCGUGAGGAGGUGGUUGCCCAUCUCUCGACUCGCCAGGUUCUCGAGAGUGUCCUCAACGAAUGGACAAAGUUCCACGGUGACAUUCAGAAUCGUUUGGAUACCAAUAUCAGUACGAUCGCACUGGGCAAACUCAUGUGUUUGAAUGACGAGCGUGUCGCCAAGAUUCUGGUAGACGGAACACUCAUGGUGCCACCACAACUGAAAAAGACACGCUCACAAUCGAGAAACUCAUUUAUGUCGGGUGGCGCUAUUCCAGAGAAAUGGACAAAGGCACCGUUCUAUCAAAAAGCAACCAUGGUCAUCUUGGAAACCUAUGAAAUGGAGAUUCUGGAUCAACAACAAAAGAUCAACGAUAUCGAUAAGAAACUACUGUCCAACGAUGACGGUGACGAAAACCAAGACGACCAAGAAUAUGACGAUGACGACGGAGAAUACGAUGAUGACGACGAUGAUUUCGAUGUUGAUAACUGUGAAUUUGAACCGGCCGAAGAUUAUUUUGAUUUAAUUGGUGAUGACGAUGAUAUAAAUCUAGAGGAUGACUUUGAUCCACUUGCAAAAGAAGAUCCAUAUUAUAAUAUUAAUUUAGUUGAUUGUAUUAAAGAUAUUUUCAAGACUUUCAAUAAUUCAAAUCCACUAUUAUUUAAAGAAAGUAUAUUACCAAUUAUAAAAAAUAAGACUCCACAACUUUUAAAUUAA